GGCAUCAUCAGGAAUGUAAUAGACAUUCGAACAAACGAUGGUAUAAAAAGAAGCGAAUAGAUAAGAAGGAUAGAACAGACAAAGAAGAAAAAGAAGAAAAAUAACUCAAGGAGAACUUGUAGUUGGCAUAGCUGUACGUUUCUUUCUUUAAAUUCAUCAGUUCGUACAAGAUUGUAAGUCAUGUUCUUCAUAGCAGUUCUAUAUUCGAUUUACAAAUAAGUAUUAAUUAUUAUUUUGAAUCAGAUACAUACAAUUUGCUUGUAUUUCAUAUUGAUUAUAAACAAGAUGAAAAACAUAUAUCAUUAUUUAAACAUACAAUACUAAAUGCUUGUGUAAAUUCAAUGUCGAAAACGACAAUUAAUUUCGUUUUUGAUAAUUGGGAAACGACAGUGAUUGAUGAUCUAAAUGAAAAUUAUUUGAUACCAAAAGAAUUAUUAGAAGAUGGAACUUAUCAUUCAUUUAUAAAAUAUCAAAAUAAAAAUGUAAGCAUAUUUGAUAAUAUUUACGAUGAUUUAAUGAUACUAAAUUUAUCAAAAAUUGUUUAUAAUAUACCGAUAACAUAUCGGAUUGAUAUAAACUCAAGAAAAAACUAUCUCUUAGAUAAUUUUGAACAUAGGAAAACUCAUUUAUCCCGUUUAUUUCAAAAUAAGUUAAACCAUUAUUUAUUGAAUAAUAAUGGUAUUAAUCGUGAUUGGAGAAAAGAGUUACUUAGUAAUAUUUUAAUUAAUGCUGAAGCAACAUCAUUUCUAGAUGGAUUGUAUUCAAUAUUUUCAAAUAUUUAUGAGAAUAUUCAUUUGAGGUUAUUGCAUACAUUGGAAAAAUAUGCAUUAUUUGACAUUUAUUUUAAACUAUUUGAUGAAACGAACCAAAUCUUGAAAAUUGUACAUGUCGUACAAAGAUGUAGCGAUCUAGUUGGUCGAAGUCAUGGAUUGUCCUUUGGUUCAAAUACAGACCCAAAGUGGGAGGAACUUGCGGCAACAUGGGGUCCGGAUCUACUAUCACCAGAAUAUUUCGUCAAGCAACCAAAAACGGUCACUGAAGCAGUCCAAGAGAAAUAUACAAAAAUCCCGGGUUCGUGCAAUGGUAAGUGUUGAGCUUUUCAAAAAUCACAACAAAAAAAUAUACGUUGAAGGAAAACAUCCAGUCAUUGUGCAGAAUAUACCGAAGCAAAAAAAAUGAGCUAGGAAUGGGCAGUUAAGCUAGGUAGAUCGGUUUCCUACCCGGGUGAACUAGCUUCUAAGAUCAUGAUCUUUAACGAAAUUUAGCAUGAUCGUAUAAUAUGCGACCAUUGAAGCUGUGACUUCGAUGAUAUAGUCGAUGUUGACUAAUCAGAUAAGACGCUAUUACAGUAAAAACUGAUAUAAUCCUGUAGAGAAUUAUUUUGUCUGAAAAUCACAGGAAAUCGGAUAAUAUUGUGCAGCAUCUGUUUCAGAUUAUGAUACAUUGUUUCAAAUUGUCAAAGACGUGUUGAGAUCUGCCUAGCCUAAAACUCUUUGAUAUGUCUAUUGUUAAAAAACUCACAACUUAUUUCCGGAUUGUAUCUCUUCAAGUGAGAGAGUUGGGUCUCGAUCAUGAAAUAUAGGAAAUUUAAUUUUCUAAAUCUUACCUAUUGAUACCAGAUUUUUAAAAAUCGUUUUUCAUGAUGAAAAAUCAUUAAUAUAUACCCCAAAUGGCUAUUUCCUGAUUCUUCACAAUGAAGUGAGAGUUUCUCAAAAUUGACUUUCAUAGCCAAAAUGUGGCAAAUCCAACUUCGUAACUCUUAUCUGCUGGACUCAAAUUCGUACAAAUCAAUCUUCACAGUGAAAAACGAUAUUUACUGUUUUUCACCAUGAAGAAUGAUUUCUAAAAAUCUGGUCUCAACAGAUGAAAUUUAGUAAAAUAAAUUUGCUACGUUUCGUGUUCCAGAUUCAACUCUCAGAAAUAUUUCCUUGAUACCUAAAACACCAAUCUCUAAAAUAUCGUCUCAAUGAUUUCACCACUUAUCGACUGCUACAUAUGUGCCUGGUAGCUUAGUUGGUUAAAACGUAGAGUACUUCUAUCUCGAUUCUGAUGGCGCAUUAGUCAGCUAGUUCCAUUCUCGUUAAGCACAUAUUCUUUUUUUCUUAUUUUUUAAGCUAGCUUAACCGGGAGGUUGGAGCGUCCAGUUAACCGGGUGCACCAAGCUCCCGGUUAACCUAGCUGACCACCUCCCUCUUAUAAAAUAUUUUUCGUCUUCGGAGCUAGGUUAAGCGGUCGGUUAACUGGGCGGUUAACCUAGAUGCCAACCUCCCGCUCCCACUCGAUAUGAUAACCUAGUGCUCGGUUUACUACUAGGUUGAGCUAGCUAACUAAGUAAAAAGGUACAUUUACCUAGCACCGCGUCGUAGAUAACCGUCCGGUUACGUCUGUGUUAGAGCUAGCUCCUCUCCAUAGACGAUUUUUACUUGGGUAGGAAAGAACACCGAAGUUGAUUUUGGCAGUUCGUCCGCAAAGACCGAGUUCGCGUGUUCGACUCUAGCUUCGUACAAGGAUUGAUUUUGUGUUCUGAUAGUUUAAGUUUCAGAAUGAUGUAAUCAACUACUGUCUCGUGACGAACGAUGCUAGACUUUAGGAGUAUAUCCGAAUACUAACACUUCUCACAUCGUCACUCUUAAAAGAGUGAUGUAUGAUACCGUAUCAAUAGGAUGCGUACUUCAAAUCUGAUAGACGAGCGAACUAAUUUUGGUACCAAAGCGGUGAAAAUGGAACGAUCUCUUGACUUCGUUACUUUUGUAGUUAAUUAGCUAGCAUGAUUUAUUCUUUUAUGAGUUGAAAAUACAAUAACUUUUGUUUGUUAAUUAUCAGGCAUGACACUGGGUAACCGAUACAUGAAAAACAAUGAUUCAGCACUUAUAGUAUUAUAUGACGUGCAAGGGACAAUUGCCGG